AUAGAAGGCAGCAAAAGGCCCUUCAAUUGUCCCGCAUACGUCCGAGCAGCAAAGGCUGCAUCGUAAUGCAGCCUGGCAGUUGGAAUGAACAACAAGCCUUUCAUACAACCAGGUGCUACAUUGCUCAUCAAUCAUUCCCCUUGCUUUUUCAGCAGAUGCCAGGGAACGCAAGAGAAUGGCAGCCGCAAAUGUGGCCGCAAGGCAAUCAGUUUGCCCUACCCAACAUGCCAGAUGACGGCCCUGGCCCCACGCAGUGCAGAAGUCCUAGGGGUUCCCGUCCCACAACACCAACUGGCAAUCGUGCUCCAUUGGGAAACCAGCGGCCAGUGGGGAGUCGCACGCCAACAGGAAAUCGCACCCCAACAGGAGCCCGUACUCCAAUCAUAAAUCGAAUGCCAACAGGCAAUCGCACACCAACUGGAAAUCGGACUCCCACAGGAAGUCGCACGCCGACAGGACCACUGCCAUACGCGCCAGGAGCGCCUGCAAGGCCAACCAGGCCACCUGAUGGCCCUCCACCGUCCAUGCCAGGCCUCAUGGGAGGCCCUUUGGGCGGCCCUCCACUGGAGACCAUGAGGGACACCAUGCCACCCGGAGCACGAACGCCACCGCAAACUGGAGCUCGAACGCCCGUUCGAGGUCCUGUCCAGGGCACUCCGUGUCGGAUCAUGGCACGAGGUACGACCCCACCGGCCACUCCUGGUGGAAGAAGUGUCAGAGGACCUGGCGGAAGCACUCCACGAAAAUAUGGAGGAGUCACUCCGCCACUGCUGACACCAAAUCAUUCAGCACCAUAUUUGGGCCCUGUGCCUGAUGGAAUGCCCCAGCAAUUUGUAGAGGGUGAAGAUGAUGUCAUAGUUGACGGCCGAUGGGUCUCAAAAGGUUUAGUAUAUCAGCAGAUGAUGUCCGCUGUGCAAGAAGGCUUCUACAUCCCAGAGCCACCGGUUCCAUCAGGACCCAAGGUUUUGCCGUGGUUGCCAUCGAGAACCUCACCAAACAAAGAUUUCAAGAUGCUAACCCCAGAAGAGUUUCUUGAAAAGCUCAAUGGAGUGUGUGAUGCAUUCCAGCCGCUAGAACCCAGCCCAGCCGCAAUGAUAGCUCACACCAGACCUGGGCAAGCGCUUGAGUCUCCCAGAGCCUAUCAACUAGCAGCUGCCGAGGGAUCACUCAGCAGAUUGGUGGAGGAGGCCAUGUGGAGCGGGCCCAUCCGUCAUAUGGCCAUUUGUGUAAUGGCCCAGAGAGUCAUUAUGCUGGCUGACUCCAUCCGUGACAAUCCAGAUACUUCUCCUGGAGGGCGAGAGCUGAUGGUGUCGUUACUGUCCUCUGUGAAGCAGAUGUGUGCAGCGAACACCGGGGACAUCACUGUUAGCCGCUCCGAUAAGUUCAGUGGACGAAUCGUGAUCCUUUUUGGCUCAGCAAGCUGUACUCCUGAAGAUCUGCUGAAAUGCUGCGAAGAUCGCUAUAGAGAAGUUGAUCAGCAUUGCAUUCUAAUCGCAGUCACCAUGAGUGCUGAGCCAGCAGGUUCCGCUCAACUUGGCAAGACCAUCGCGGCUGCCAUCAAUGCCUGGGGUGAAGCUGAGGCCAAAUUUGGGCCUCCCGGAACAGCCGGUGGAGCUGGACGUCCUGAGCUUUUGAUUCACCUCUUUGGAACGGCAGGAUUUGGAGCCUGGGCCAAAGCCUUGAAGCUUUGGCACGAGCAAUCUUAUUACCCCGAUGAAAAGCGGUUGACUGGAAGAAUGCUGGCACUGGACAAGAUCCUCAAGGGUGUUGUUCUUGAUUCAGCACCAGGCGACUCUGGCACUACAGUGUUGGGAGCUUUUCCAAUGGUCCAGGGAGAUGCAGCUUUGCUUUCAGCGAUGAACUCUUACAACGCUGACGGCUCCCAACCAAGCGAGGUCCAGAAGCUGCAGGCAAUGCAGAAGGCCAUGAGGGACCUCACCAAAAAGGGUGGGCCACUCUGGGACUACUAUGAUGGCAUACUUGAAAAGGAGCAAGGGUUGCCAAUGCAGGUUCAUCAAUAUGAGCCAGUGGUUCCGCUCCUCUUCAUCUACUCAGAUGCAGACAAGAUCGCACCAGCUGCGCAAAUCGAGCGCUAUCUAACAGAGUGUGAGAUUCGGCAAGCUCAGAAGGUUGCAGACCAUGGAGUAGCACCGGCUCCCCCGGCUCGAGUGCUUCAUCUCGAGAACUCCGGGCAUGUCGCACAUCGCGCAGGACCCACAGAGGUGGAAUACUGGAAAAGCGUUCAUGACUUUUGGAGAUUUUCGCUCUUUUGCUGAAGAGCUAUCCACACAUAAUUGAGAUGAAGCCGGACGGCAAGACUAUGGUCUUGAACAAGC